AAAGCUAUAGGGGAAGAUCGAAGAACUCAAAUCGAAGACGCACGUACGCGUCGUCUUAGAAAAUUCAGAACCAGAAAACAUAGUAUCAGCUCAAGAACAGAAAGAACUUGAGCAAUGGGGAGAAGCCCUUGUUGUGCCAAGGAGGGCUUGAACAAAGGUGCGUGGACUGCUCUCGAAGAUAGAGUUCUGUCUGAAUACAUCAAAGUCCAUGGUGAAGGAGGAUGGAGAAAUCUCCCUAAGAAAGCAGGACUGAAACGAUGUGGGAAGAGCUGCAGGCUUAGGUGGUUGAACUAUCUAAGACCAGACAUCAAGAGAGGCAACAUCUCACCUGAUGAAGAAGAGCUCAUCGUCAGGCUUCACAAGCUCCUGGGCAACAGAUGGUCUCUAAUAGCGGGGAGGCUACCAGGACGAACAGACAAUGAAAUCAAAAACUACUGGAAUACCAAUCUGAGCAAACGAGUUCCAGACCAAGAAGCUCAUUCAUCAUCACCCUCAUCAGCUGGUCAUGGUGAACCAAGAUCCAAUAAGGCCAAGAAUGUUAUGUCCCAUAAUGUGGUAAGAACCAAAGCUGCCAAGUGCACCAAAGUAUUCAUCAACCCACAGUUACCACGCAAAGGGUUGCUCCUUGCUGAUGAUCACAAGCCUGAGGAUUAUCAUCGUCAACAAGCAGUAGUAGAUCAUCAGCCUGAUGGGAAUGGGUUGUCGUCUCCAUCUUUGUUGGAAAACUCUUCUUCAUCAGAUUUCCUGAUGGAUUUCGACAUGAAUUCCGAGCUUUGCUUGGCCAAUCUCCUCGGUUUGGAAUUUUCAAGCGGCGGUGAUAACUUGUUCUCUGAAGAAAUGCAGCUGCAUCAGCAAUAUUGGAGUGAUAAUGUUGGUAGUGGUGAGGAUUGUGUUGCUGAUGAUCAAUUUCAACCAACUACGAUCCUCAAUUUCCAGUCAUUGAAUUCUUUUCUAAAUGCUGAUGCUAACCAAGGAGACUGGCUCGAACUUGCAGAGACUAGUUGAUCAAUAAUUCUCUUAUG